CAUAUAAAUAUUUAAUACAUUCUCGUAAAACACGUGUUCCCUAAUUUUAUACACUUGAUUCAUUUCUUAUAAAAAGAGGAAGUACCUGUGCUGGCAGAUUUAAAAACGAUAAAUAACAUUUCUACGUCUGUGAGGCGGGGUCCUCAAGUCAGAGCAUUCCCAACUCGUUUGCUGAGCUGUCCCGAGCAGCGGCUGAAGUUUACAGAAGUGAACUCUCAUCGGCUGUUGAUAAAGUUUUACAAGUCUGGGAAGAUGCGGUGGAGUAUGGAGGUGCUGAGAGUGUGUGUGGCGUGUUUAUCGCUGUGUGUGUGUGUGAUCAGCGCUUUCUCUCAGUCUCUGGACGGUGACUUUACCUUCACUCUUCCCGCCGGACGCAAAGAGUGCUUCUUCCAGAGCAUGAAGAAAGACGCUUCGCUGGAGAUCGAGUACCAGGUUCUGGAUGGGGCGAGUCUAGAUGUGGACUUCUACUUGCAGUCGCCCAGCGGUCACAUUAUAAUCAAUUCAGUAAGCUUUACACAUGGGGUUCAUACAGUGGAAACAGAAGAGGGAGACUACAUGUUCUGUUUUGAUAAUACGUUCAGUGCAGUUUCUGAGAAAGUCAUCUUCUUUGAGUUGAUUUUGGACAAUAUGGGGGACGGCGAGGAAAUGGAGGACUGGAAAGCGUACGUGCACGGAGCAGACCUUCUGGACAUGAAGCUGGAGGAUAUCAUGGACACCAUCAACAGCGUGAAAUCUCGACUGGGAAAGAGUCUUCAGAUCCAGACAUUGCUGAAAGCCUUCGAAGCCCGCGACCGCAACCUGCAACAGAGCAACUACGACCGUGUCAACCUGUGGUCGUGUACCAACCUUGUUGUCAUGGUGAUCGUAUCCGGGGUCCAGGUGUACUUGCUGCGCAGCCUCUUCAACGACAAGAAGAAAACACGCACAUAGCCUCCCCUACUGCUACUUGACUGAAAAACACAAACACACACACGUCUCUCUGUCCUGACAUAUUCAGCUCCAUCCUCCGUUUGCUCCC